UGGAGUUAGUUUCAAGGAACUAGGUGUGCUUUUUGGAUUGAUGAAAAAAGAGAAUUUCUGUACCGAUAUAUUUGGUACAAAAUGCCUCCAACUCUUUUUCAAAAACUUUUUAAUAAGAGAAAUACAUUUUCGCCACCUCCCAAAUGCAACAAGGAAGACCCUUCCUUCAGCUGGCCCACGCCUGAGCUGGAGCCGAGCCAGAUCCGGCUGAUAGUAUAUCAGGACUGUGAGCGACGGGGGAGAAAUGUCCUCUUCGACUCCAACACCAAGAAGAGGAGCACAGGAGAGGAGACGCAGGUGCCGAAGAUGUGCGGGGAGGCCCAGGUGAAAGUGUUUGGUAAAUGCUGUCAGCUGCGGCCGACGGGGGGAAGCUCGUCCUCUCUAGACAGCUCGUCCUCCUGCACCUCAGAGCCAAGGGAACAGGGCCUACGCUUCCAGGGCGGCUCCAGAUGUUCGUCGGAUGCCAACAUGUUGGGGGAGAUGAUGUUUGGCUCGGUGGCCAUGAGCUACAAGGGCUCUACGCUAAAGAUCCACCAAAUCAGGUCGCCGCCACAGCUGAUGCUGAGCAAAGUGUUUACGGCGCGCACAGGGGGCAGCGUCUACGGCAGCCUGAACACGUUGCAGGACAGCCUGGAGUUCAUUGGGCAGGAUCCCAACGCCCUGCGAGUGGACCACAACACCGUCACCGGCGGCUUCCUUGGAAACAUAGGAUUCUCUCAGCUCUGCAGCCCGCGCCGGGCGCUCUCUGAGCAGGGCCCUCUCCGUCUCAUCAAGAGUGCUUCUUUUUUUUCAGGUCACAGUAAUCCUAUGGACAUGCCUGGCAGAUCGCUGUACGAUGAGCGGGACAGUGGCAUUGCACGAUCAGCGUCUCUCAGCAGUCUCCUGAUCACGCCGUUCCCCUCGCCGGGCUCCUCCCUGACCAGCAGCUGUGCCAGCAGCUACCAGCGGCGGUGGCUGCGCAGCCAGACCACCAGCCUGGAGAACGGAGUCUUCCCAAGAUGGUCCGUGGAGGAGAGCUUCAACAUGUCCGACGAGAGCGGUGGGCCGAACCUGGGGGUGACCCGCAAGAAGAAGAUCGCCAUCGGGGUCAUCUUCCUGCUCUCGCCCAACGAGGAGGAGAACAGCCGCUUCCAGGACUUCUUCUUCUCCCACUUCCCCCUCUUUGAGAGCCACAUGAACAAGCUCAAGAGUGCCAUUGAACAGGCCAUGAAAAUGAGCCGGCGCUCUGCGGACGCCAGCCAGAGAGCCCUGGCCUACAGUCGCAUGGUGGACGGCCUCAACGAGUUUCGGUCGACCAUCUGUAACCUGUACACCAUGCCGCGUGUGCCGGAGCCCGUCUGGCUGGCCAUGAUGUCGGGCACGCCGGAGAAGAACCAGCUGUGCACUCGCUUCAUGAGGGAGCUGGCCCUGCUGAUGGAGCAGGCAUCCAAGAAUCAGUUCCUUCCUGCCCUCAUCACGGCGGUCCUGACCAACCACCUGGCGUGGGUGCCCACAGUCAUGCCCAACGGCCAGCCGCCCAUCAAGAUCUUCCUGGAGAAGCACUCGUCUCAGAGUGUGGACAUGCUGGCCAAGACGCACCCCUACAACCCACUCUGGGCACAACUCGGCGACCUGUACGGCGCGAUCGGCUCGCCGGUGCGGCUGGCGCGGACGGUGGUGGUGGGCCGGCGGCAGGAGCUGGUGCAGCGCCUCCUCUACGUGUUGACCUACUUCAUCCGCUGCUCGGAGCUGCUGGAGACGCACAUGCUGGACAGCGCCGAGGACGAGGCCAUCGUCACGCCGGGCUCCCUCAUCACCACCUCGCUGCGGCGCGGGGAGGUGGAGGAGUCGGACUACGUGCUGGUCACCAUGCACAAGCACAGCCGUGACUACCUGGCACAAAAUGCCGCGGCAAGUGGUGGCGGUGGUGUGAGGACAGGGGAUGGGGAAGGGGAGGGUGAGGGUGCUGUGGUGGGUAGCUACCAGUCAGAUACCCACAGCAUGCAGAGCAGCACCUACACGGACACUGAGGCUGGUCUGGGACCCGAGGAUGAGCCGGUGCAGGAACAGGGACAGGAAGAGAGCUCGCAGAAAGAGCUGCUAACACACACGGUGGUGCACUGCACGUCAAUGUCGCAGGUCACGAACACAAACACGAACACGCACAGUACUCACACGUUUGGCACGGUGCCCGUGAUCCGCACGGAGGACGUCAGCGAGCUCUCGCCGUGCAAGGAGAUGUGCAGCCCUCGCCUGGAGGCGCGGCUGGAGACGCUGGUUUGCGUGGGCGCUACGUCGCCCCACGAGCAGCCUCUCGUCUUGGGGAGCCCUGGGGAGAAAGAGAAGGUGGAGCAACAGGAGGGUGAAAGUAGAGUGGGUGUUCAGGCAGAGUCUCUGCCUCUCACCUCUGCCACUCAGGAGGAACAGGACCAUCACCAGCCGCAGCCGCAGCAGCGGCCACAGUCCCCAGUGUGUCGCUCGGGCGUCAAGGUGGCUCGCUCGGCCGGUAUCCACCUGGAGAAGAAGCCUCCAGACAAGAGCAUCGUGGCCCCGUACCCGUCGGACGAGGAGGAGGAGAAGGAGCAGAAGGCCAAACGGCACCAGAAAAUCCAUCACAACCACAACCAUCAUCACCACCACCAUCAUCAUCAUCACCAGCAGCCUGCUGCCAAGGUGACGUUCCUGAUCGGGGACUCCAUGUCUCCCGAGUCGGACACGGAGAGCCGGCAGAGGAAGGUAGAGGAGGAGCUGAGGAGGCACAAGAAGCAGCUGAAGGAGAAGGAGCUCAAACAGCAGCUCCAGCAGCAGCUGCAACAUCAACAGCAUCAUCAACAUCAACAUCAGCAUCAGCACCAACAUCAGCAUCAGCACCACAAGGGAAGUACGGAGGGGCAGCGGUGCGAACCACCCAAGUCGACCGCCACGACCACCCUCGCAAAGGACCAAACCGUAGUGAGCACCGAGAAGGACUCCAAGGACUCCCAGGACCCAGAACAGCCCCAAACGCCAGCCCCGGCCCCGGUCAAACCUCCGCCUCCCCCCACCCUCUCCCUCCAGCGCACCUCCAGCAAGAUGCCCAAGUGGAGCCCGGCGCCCGAGGAGGACAGCUGCACGGACUUGUAUGACGAGUACUACAGCAGUGACGUCCACGCUGCGGAGACACGGACUGUAGAGGAGGAGGAGGUCUCCAAAAAGCAGCAGCAGCAGCCACAGGCAUCAGUACAACAGCAACAACUGAAGGAGGAGGAAGAGGAGGAGGAGGAGGAUGAGCAGGAGGAGGUCACUCCUGUGGAGGCUAAGCCUAAACCCAGCCUGGCGGAUCUCAAAGGGGCGCAGGACUACAGCAAAGAGCCCAGCAGGGACUCUGCCUGCAGCAGCAGUAGUAGUUUACACACAGGGGCCGGCAGUAGUACCAGCAGUUUGCAGGGUGUGGCCGGCAGCAGUACCAGCAGUUUGCAGGGCGCGGCCUGCAGCAGUACCAGCAGUUUGCAGGGCACGGCCUGCAGCAGUAGCAGCAGUCUCCACGGAGGACCCAUAGGCUGCUGCUGCCCCCCCUCCUCCUCUUCCUCCACCACCAACACCUCCAUCUGCCGAUGCUGUUCUGCCGUGCAGGACAAGGGCAUCAUCAUUUCCGUUACUGUCCCCCAAGGGGACGCCACUAACCCCACCACCAACACCAACACCACCACCGGCAGCAGCAUGAUCACAGGGGACCUGAAGAAGGCGGCGGUGGUGAACGACUGGGAGAUCCCGCGCAACGAGAGCUCGGACAGCGCGCUGGGGGACAGCGAGAGUGAGGACGCGGGCCAGGAGUUGCCGCUGCCGCCUAGGACGGAGGAGCCCUACUACAGGGACCAGGACCAGGAGGAGUGGCAGGACGAGGUCGAGGUUCCAUUCCCAGGGGAGAAGCUGGUGGAAAACUACUCCAAGCCUCAUGUAGCAAACUUUGGGAGGUCUCUCUUUGGAGGGUACUGCCCAACGUACAUCCCCGACUUUGUUUUACACGGAACACCAAACGAUGAGAAGCUCCGGCAGAGCCUCAUCUCUGAUCUGGCACAUACUGUGCAGCAUCCGGUGCUGGAUGAGCCCAUAGCGGAGGCCGUCUGCAUUAUCGCAGACACGGAGAAGUGGACGGUGCAGGUGGCCAGCAGCCAGCGGCGGCAGACGGACAGCAAGCAGCUGGGCAAGGAGGUGCUGGUCUCCAACCUGGUGUCCAGCCUGCUGCACUCCACCUACCAGCUCUACAAGCUCAACCUCUCGCCCAACUUUUGUAUAAUGCACCUGGAGGACCGUCUGCAGGAGCUGUACUUCAAGAGCAGGAUGCUGGCAGAGUACCUGAAGGGCCAAACCAGAGUGCACGUCAAAGAGCUGGGCAUGGUUUUAGGGAUCGAGUCCAGUGACCUUCCCCUACUGGCCGCAAUAGCAAGCACUCAUUCGCCCUAUGUUGCCCAAAUACUGUUGUAGACCAUCAUCUAUCACCAAUGGACAUCGAUGUAGAUGCCUUGUGGCAGGAAUGUAAAGACUUUUUUUGUUCCUUUUUUAUCCUGCAUAUCAACUGUGUAAAGCCACAACCACAGCCGGACUGUAAGACCAUGUGUAGGCCUUCCAUUGACCUCCACGGUCGUUUAUACAGCACUGGGGGACAAGGCCACCACGUUCCAGCUGCCUGCAAUGGAGACAAUCUAACACCUGGGGGCAGCAGAGGUAACCUCUGUCCUUCUGCUCCCAGUGAUCACUAGAUGGACUAUCACCGUAGGUACUUUCAUGAAUCGUCUCCAUGCUUUUUUAAAUUUUAUUUGAGUGUACGUUUUUAAUCUGUUUACUUCUGCAUUAUUUGUUUUCACCAAGAAGACUAGAAAUCCAAAGAGACGUUGUCUAAGACAUUCAUCUCUGAAACAAGGAAGGGACAAAGCAGACCGCUUUUCACCUCAGAGCACCUUUUGAUCUGUAGAAACGAUAUAGGCCUUGCUGAAAAGAAAUAAGAAUAGGAUAUUUUAAAUCACAGUGAAAAAAGUUUUAUUGUCAAUGAUGUGUCAUUUUAUUUUAUCGAUAGAAUGUUCUUGUAAUGCCCCACGAAAAAUUGCCCAGUUGGAUUUCUAAUGCUAAGGGUUUUGCCAGCGAAAUUUGGAUAUUUUUGGUCUCCGUGUUAUCCAAUCAAUUCAGCACUACCUCAAAGAAAUGUGAGGAUUCACAGCUGUAUUUUUAAAAAGAUUGCAGAAUCAUUAAAUAGGCCUGAAUUAGUUAAAUUUAUCAAUGUAAGGCAAUCUUACACUUCUCAAAUCCUUUGCUGUUUCUUUAUAAUGUAGGCCUGUUAUCACACAUCAGGUGUACAGUUAGUCCUUAAUCGUUUUUAAUUUUGAAUGCCAUCGAUUCAUGUAACAUUUAUAUUUCAAAGUGAAAUGCUGAACUAUUUUCACACUUUACAGUUUAUAUACAGCUUCGCCACUUUGUUUACCGCUAAGAUGCACGUGUUAACGAAAAGUAAAAAAGGAAUACGAGUCUGUCAUGCUAUGAUGAGUACAUGGGAAGAGUGUUUGAGAAUAAUUACAUGUUGAUUUUAUAAACAUGUAAAAGGCAAAUGAUUUGUGAAUGACAAAAACAUGUAUUUUUUACAAGUAUUUUUAAUGUCCGUCGUCAGUAAAUCCAUGAAUUAUUUUUGUCUUGAGGUUGUUCAACCUCAAAGUCUUAAAUGGACAUGUAGCAUAUAUGGAAUGAAGGAAUGGGGAAAAUGUACUUCAAUGGUUAUAAUGCAUUGAUUUGCUUUCAGCGUAUGAUGUUUGGCUUAUGCAAAUGACAUGCAAUUCAAUAGCGUUUUGUAAAACACCUAUUUGCAUUUGUCUAAUGUAUUUAUACUUACAUUCUUUAUACAUGAACUCAGUUAAAUUAUUUAGAAUGGUGUGUAUUGGUUUAUGUAUAUAUUGUUUUCAGUUUGUUUCCAUUUAUUUGUACAUAUUGUCUUUCAAUAUUGGAUUAUUUUUCUGUAAUUAUCCUUUCCCAAUUUUCUGGGAAUGUUGUGCAAUAAAACAUGCCAUUAUUAAAGUUACAAAUGUGUCAUGCACAUCUGUAUUAGCUUGUUACAG